GGCUUCGAACCCGAGAGCGAGGAACUCAUCCGGAAAGGAGUUAUUCAACGUUGCACAGCUGUGAAAUAUCACUACACUUCAUCUUCCCUGCCACGCAACUUGCCUAUUAAUGUGACCAACACCAUCCGCCAGGAUGAAUGGCAUGCCCUCCACCUGCGGAGAAUGACAGCUGGCUUCAUCGGCAUGGCAGUGUCCAUAAUCCUCUUUGGAUGGAUCAUUGGCAUGCUGGGCUGCUGUAAACAGCAUGAGCUCAUGCAAUAUGUAGCUGGGCUGCUCUUCCUUAUGGGAGGGACUUGCUGCAUCAUUUCCCUUUGCACGUGCGUGGCUGGGAUCAAUUUUGAGCUUUCUCGUUACCCUCGGUAUGUUUACGGAUUACCAGAGGACAUCAGCCAUGGCUACGGCUGGUCCAUGUUCUGCGCUUGGGGUGGCCUGGGACUGACGCUGCUGGCAGGGUUCUUAUGCACCCUUGCUCCCUCUCUCAACACCCCUCGGACUGUUGUACAGAAACCCAGACAGGAAAAUGGAGCUGUGUGAUGUGAAGAAUACCAGCGACUCCUAUUAGCCCACCGCCUGUUACCAGAAUGCAGCGUGGACAUUUGAGAUCUGCAAACCAGGUUGGAACUAAGGGGUUCUAUUGCUCUGGCAAAGUCAUGGAGGAAUGCCACCCUGUGAUUCUUCUGUCUGCCUGUUUCUGAUUCAAAUCAACCAUCGGGUUAAUUCUUAUUCCUAUUUUUUUCUACAAGACAGUUUUCUGUUAAAUAGGCUUGUGGUGCUAUAAGACCCGUUGAUCGUUUAAAUGGCAUCAGAUUUUUCUUAGGAACAGAAGCCAGUGUGAAUUCUGUUUGAUGCCAAGGAGUUUUAUUUCCAAGAACUGGAAGGUCAAGUAGACGUGAAGGCCAAGGAGAAAUCCGCCCAGUCUCAGUAUUGAUUCUCUUUUGCAGCAGAGACCCAAUGCUGGAAUUGGUCUACUACCCUGAUGCAAUCCUUGGUCUGGAGGAAGGUUUUAAACAUUCAGAUAGAGAGGGAAAUAUUCUCAAUCCAGGCUGUUCAGUAUCUGUAUCUUGUUAGAUCUGGAAGUCAAAUAUGCACUUUACCUUGGGGCAGUGCAUAUUAGACUUCAGAUACUUGAAGAAUAUUUCCAGAAGGGGGCAGGUUGCAAUGAUGUAGUUGCCCAAACUGUAAAAGUGAUUGUUCUCAUGAACCAGUUCAGGAUUGCACAAAUCUGAUCUGGUCCCUUACUCCCUUGCAACAAGUCUUGUUGAUCUGGUUAGAACCCUAUGUUCAUUUGCAAGGAAAAAAAUCAUAGGUGAAGCGAGCAAGGGAGCCGGACCCCCUUUUCAAAACAUGUAGCUGCUGUAAAAGGUAACCUAAGAUUUGUGGUCCAUUUUCAAUCCUUCCAGAAUAUAGAAGAAACUUUGUUUUGGAAAAGGAGCACAGACCUUGAAAAUCUUACAUCCUCUUGUAACACAAAAUGAGGCAUAACCCAUAACAGGGGUCCACAGUAUACAGAUGAUUAACAAGCUGAGCCUAACUCAGGAACAUCAACAAUGGUGCUGAAGGGAAGCCCUGGUCUUUCCUCAUUGUACUUCUUUACUGUCUCCCCCAAAGACUGCACAGAAGCCUUUGUUGAAGGGCUGUUUACAUUGUAUUUUGAAGUGGCAUGUAAUUAAUUACUCAGUGCUAAAGUUAAUGUAUUCAUGGCAAGUGUGAUUUUUAAAUGGAAGUUGUACAUUUCAAGAGGCAUUAAAU